GGAACAAACAGGCCGUGGAAACCGCGCAGGGCCGUUUUGGUGGGGCAGGACUUCCGCCGGAAGACCCAGCUGUCUCGGAAACUUCUAGCGAGCCAAGUUCCGGUCGGUUUCCUAUCUUGGAGGUUUUGCGCUGGCGUAGGGUGGACCCUCGUGAGGAUGGCUUGCGCCGCCGUUCGGUCCCCGGCCGACCAGGACAGGUUCAUUUGUAUUUAUCCUGCUUAUUUAAAUAAUAAGAAGACCAUCGCAGAAGGAAGGCGGAUACCCAUAAGUAAGGCUGUUGAAAACCCUACAGCUACAGAGAUUCAAGAUGUAUGUUUAGCAGUUGGACUGAAUGCAUUUCUUGAGAAAAAUAAAAUGUACUCCCGAGAAUGGAAUCGUGAUGUGCAAUACAGAGGCAGAGUCCGGGUUCAGCUCAAACAGGAAGAUGGCAGCCUCUGUCUUGUACAGUUCCCAUCACGUAAGUCAGUAAUGUUGUAUGCAGCGGAAAUGAUACCUAAACUAAAAACAAGGACACAAAAAACAGGAGGUGGUGACCAAAGUCUUCAGCAAGGAGAGGGAAGUAAAAAAGGGAAAGGAAAGAAGAAGAAGUGACCUAGCAUGAGCGGCAUUUGUGUGAUACUGUAAGAGACAUGAAUGGAGGCUUCUCAUUGGUCUCUGAGAGAACAGGCUUUUUGUUUGCAUUAUUUUACUGAACUAUGCAUAUUUGUGCCUCUCAUCAUCACCAGAGUCGACAAAUAAAUUUAAAUCAGAACUUUGCAUCUAGCUUUUGUGCAGUAAAAAAGACUUUUUUUUUCUUUCAAUGUAAGUUUUUGUGGAAGGAAGAAUAUUUUUAAGUGGACAAUGGACUGUAUAAUAAGUUACUUGAAAUCCUGUAUCUGUUUUUCUUCUAUGUAAACAUAAGAACAAAACACAUUUUGUUCAUCUUCUAAGCUAAUGAAAUAAAAUUUGGAACUGA